GUGACUCGGGCCGCAGUCGCUGAAAUCGGGCGUGUCGCCCCGCUCAGGCUCUGUCCUGUUCAUGCCUGGUCCAGGACGGCCGCCAGAGAUCGCCCUGCCUGCAUCAAAGCCUCUGUCGUCGAGAGCAAGCACCGCUCCUCCAGCAAAGUUCUCUCCUUCCGUAUCGCUCCAAUGCAGCCUGACCCGAUGCCCAUCGAUCCCGACGACGACCCCGACCUCCACGAGGAUAUCGACGAGGGCGACGACAACGGUCUGUGGCUCACAGACGACGAGGACGAAGCUGAGCCGGGAGAUGAAAGCAUAUCCAGCUCCUCCGACUCGGAGUACGAACAGGACGAUGGAGGCACCCGGCAAAAGCCGUACAAGUACAAAGUUCCGCGAGGUCCAGACAUUCUAUAUGAUCCGAUUGCGGACGAACUCGAUGAGCAAUGGAUGGCCCGGCUCCAGAAUUCAGUACCGACCGGGAGACCAUCCUCGGCCAGACGGACGACCGAUGCGACCUUAACCUGCCCAAUGUGCUUCAGCAUCCUGUGUUUGGACUGUCAGAGGCACGAUCGGUAUCACAAUCAGUUUAGGGCCAUGUUUGUGCAGAACUGUCGAGUAGUGACGACCGAGCGUCUGAGGUUCCAGGGCCGCGGGUCUGUCUCGAAACAACGGUCUCGGAAGCCACCCAGCGAGAACAGCGCCGACUCUCCGUCUGGAAGCAUACUUUGCGAAAACACAUACCACCCAGUGCGGUGCUCGGUAUGUGAGACCGAGGUGGCGGUCUAUGACCACGAGGAGGUCUUUCAUUUUUUCAAUGCCAUUGCCUCUUGAGUGCUGACUGGGCACCCAGGCGGGCCGCUCGAUGGGCCUGGACACCCACACACCUGGACGCUUGGAUCCUCGGGGUUGCGUCGUGUCGAGAUCGAAUCUUUCUGUUGCCACCAAAGUACAUCCGUCACUGGCUCUGCGUUCCGAA